AUGAACAAUUGGCAGCUCACGUUUCGAGCCCCUGUAGACCUUACUGAGCAUUUGAGGAAGCCGUACCUACUAUAUGACGAGCGUGAUAAAGAUGUGAGCAAAGUGGUAUUUGAUGAACAUGCUAACCUUUUGUGGGCCGGAGACACCUACGGUCGCGUUUCUUCGUAUGACCCAGCGUACUCGCUGUACACGCGACACGCAGGCCAUAUUGGCCCAGAUCCGGUUCUCGACAUGCUCAGUCAUCGCAGUGGGAUCAUAUCUCUCAGCACAGACUCGCUAAAUUUCGCCAGCAGACAAGGUGUAACGCGAUUGAACUUGACCAGUGCCGACAUCGCUCAACUGAGCGAGAUGAGAGCAAUGUGUUUUGCCUCGAACGUGGGCAACCGUGUCUACUGCGGCGGAUCGAAUCCUGGAAGUGGCCUCAUCGACAUCGAUCUCCAAAAGGGCGCUCUUUCCCGCAACAUCGACUAUGCUUCUAAGGUCAAGCUUCUGCGCUCCGAUAACAAGACUCUGCUUAUCGGCAAGCAGUCUGGAUCCAUUGACCUCCUCGACCAAAACUCCAAUCAACUUAUCAAAUCAUUUGCAGGCCACUCAGCCACCAUUUCCGACAUGGAUUACCGAGACAACACAUUGGUGACCGUGGGCAAAUCUCGCCGUUUCAAUCAGCUGUGCUCAGAUCCCUUUGUCAACGUUUAUGACCUACGAAUGAUGCGACAAUUAACACCAGUCGCAUUUUCAUACAACCAGUCCGUGAACACUCCCGGUAGCGCUGGCGCUGACUUCGUGCGGCUGCAUCCUAUAUUGCCCACUGUUGUCACUGUUGCCUCUGUCUCUGGUGCGUUUGAUUUUAUAGAUUUGGCCAAUCCGACGUUGAGGACACAAUAUUGCCAUCCAUGCCAUUCUAUCUCCCAGUUUCAGCUCUCCCCAAGUGGCGACUACAUUGCUCUUCUUGAACAUGAUAACAACAUCAACACUUGGAGCAGGUCGAAAGGAAUGUCAGGUUUUACAAACUCUUCAGCAGUUUUAGAAUAUCCUGAUUUUCCAGAUGAUGAGCCGCUGAACUCUGGACACGAUAUUGACGACGCAGAUUUUUCUCUCAGCUCUGUGGGAAUGCCAUAUUACUCAGAGAAGCUUCUUUCAGCGUGGCCUCAUGUCGUUUUUAGGAGCAGCGGUACAAUUGCGAGACGAAAAAAUGGUGUCUUUAACGACGCGGAUCAAGUUUUUCGCUCUUCGCAACCGUCAAAUUCUCGCCUGCAGUCAUUUCAGAUGAUUCCUUACAAUGUGGGGAAAUAUGGACCCCGAAACAUGGUAAGGCCGUAUAAGUCAUUGAGAGAGAGAAAGAAAAAACUUCUGAUAUCGGAUGAGGACGGUACAGACAAAAAAGAGAUGAUGCGAUAUAAAUCCCUGAGCGACUUUGAGGUACCUCCGGCUUACACAAAACUCCAGAUGGUGUACGGCAAAUAUGGGGUAGAGGAUUUCGAUUUCAAAGCUUUCAAUAACACACACCUGUCAGGAUUAGAGUCUGACAUUGAGAACGCUUACACAAAUGCUGUCUUGCAAAUGUACAGGUUCGUACCGGAGUUCUACAACUUUGUCGUGAGUAGUUUGAAAGAUGACCCGUGGUCGGAAAAUUCCCUGCUGGCAGAAUUGGGAUACCUCUAUGAUAUGAUGGAUAAGGCAGACGGAGUUGUUUGCCGCGCGUCCAACUUCCAGAAAACUUUAACAUCCUUCAGAGAGGCCGAAGAGCUUGGGCUUUUCGAAAACUCUUCCGUUACUGAUCUUCGAGAGUCCUUUUUGGGGCUGGAAGUCGAGGACCAUACAAAUGCUAAUAACCUGAAAACAAAUACUAACUCUACGAGGUCGAAGAUUUCACAGAGGUUCAAUCAGUUUUUAGUGCAAAAACUGAUUUUGGAGGAAGUUGAGAAGAAGAAAAAUACAUCUUUCAGCAUCGUUUUGGAGGAGCUUUUUGGCAUCCAAUUGGAAAUUGACACGCGCACCAUAUCAGCGUGUGAUAGCUACGAGAAGACAUCAUCUACUACACCAACACUCACAGUUACAAGUCCCGCCAGUAAUAAUGCCAAAUUUUCAAGCAAGAAACUCACUAACCAGACAAUCCUUCCUUACAUUGAGUCGUCUAUGAAUCGUGUGAGACAUCAAAGAGCCACAUGCGGCAAAUGUCAAAAAGAAGAGAAUGUAGAAUCCGAGCAUACUGUUAAGAAUUUGCCUCCGCUCCUUUCCUUGAAUGUUGAUUUAUCAAAUGACGAAUGGGCAAUUGCCAGAAAUGUCAAAAACUGGCUUGUCAAAGAGUUCUAUGCCACACUUUCGAAAGACAGGCCAAUCUUGAAGCUUCAUCCAAUGGACCUCAAAACAACUACUGCUAUUUUCAAAUACGAACUAACCGCUUACGUUGCAAGAAUUACAGACGAUCUUUCAGAACCGCAUUUGGUUACAUAUGUGAAGGUAUGUGAUCAAAUGACCAAGCAAGGGAAGUGGUACAUGAUGAACGACUUCCUAGUUGUAGAAGUGGAUGAGGAAGAAGCGCUGAACAUUUCUGCUUGGUGGAAGACCCCUGAGAUUUUAGUCUACUCCGAUGCCGAGGAAUUGCGCAAGCCGUUUGUUCCGUCCUCCCAUUUCCGAGUCGAUCAUAGUGUUUUGUAUCGGGAUUACUUCGGAAAAGGCAUCAAAGCCGGGCUGAGGAAGGAGUAUCAAAUAUUGACAAAUUCUGAAGCGCCUCAACCAGGGUGUCUAGUGGCCAUGGAUGCAGAAUUUGUAGAACUUGCUGGGGAACAGGUGGAGAUAAGUGCCCGGGGUCAACGAACUCUAGUCAAUCCAAAAAAGACUGCACUCGCGAGAAUAUCAGUACUAAGAGGUAAUUCGGGUGAUCAAUUUGGUGUACCUUUCAUCGACGACUACGUCGUGAACACAAAUCAUAUUGAAAAUUAUCUUACACGCUAUAGUGGCAUUGAACCUGGGGAUCUUGAUCCUCUCACAAGUACGAAGAUGUUGGUGCCACGCCAGAUUGUUUACCGCAAAAUAUGGUUACUACUUCAGAUGGGUUGUAUUUUUGUUGGUCAUGGACUUUACAAUGAUUUUAGAAACAUAAACAUUUACGUCCCUCCGGAGCAGAUCAGGGAUACAGCAUCAUACUUUUUGCAAGGUAAGAGGUAUCUUGCGCUGCGGUAUCUGGCAUACGCCUUGUUAGACUCGGACGUGCAAAGUGGCAAUCAUGAUUCCAUCGAGGAUGCUCACACAGCUCUUGUGUUGUACAAGAAAUACUUGCAGUUGGUCGAGAAUGACACGUUUGAAGCAACGUUGAGCCAAAUUUAUGAAGAGGGUAGAUCAUGCGGGUUCAAAGUACCGGGGGAUCGGGCGUUAGCCUUGAUGUGA